CUGGGCAGCCGACUGCCUCUCUGGAUGUGUCCGCUGCCGCCAUUGUGCGGCGCUGGUCCCCUCAGAGGGUGCCCGCUGCUGCCGGUGCCUUGGACCCUCCCCCUCGCUUCUCGCUCUCCUGCCCCGGGAGCCCGGCGGGUCCGGGACUCCAGUCCGUGCCGGUGCGGGCGCCGGCAUGUGGCUGUGGGAGGACCAGGGCGGCCUCUUGGGCCCUUUCUCCUUCCUGCUGCUGGUGCUGCUGCUGGUGACGCGAAGCCCGGUCAAUGCCUGCCUCCUCACCGGCAGCCUCUUCGUUCUGCUGCGCGUCUUCAGCUUUGAGCCGGUGCCCUCUUGCAGGGUCCUGCAGGUGCUCAAGCCCCGGGACCGCAUUUCUGCCAUCGCCCACCGCGGCGGCAGCCACGACGCGCCCGAGAACACGCUGGCAGCCAUUCGGCAGGCAGCUAAGAAUGGAGCAACAGGCGUGGAGUUGGACAUUGAGUUUACUUCUGACGGGAUUCCUGUCUUAAUGCACGAUAACACAGUAGAUAGGACGACCGAUGGGACUGGUCGAUUGUGUGAUUUGACGUUUGAACAAAUUAGGAAGCUGAAUCCUGCAGCAAACCACAGACUCAGGAAUGAUUUCCCUGAUGAAAAGAUCCCUACCCUGAGGGAAGCCGUUGCAGAGUGCCUAAACCAUAACCUCACAAUCUUCUUUGAUGUCAAAGGCCAUGCAAACAAGGCUACUGAGGCUCUAAAGAAAAUGUAUAUGGAAUUUCCUCAACUGUACAAUAAUAGUGUGGUCUGUUCUUUCUUGCCAGAAGUUAUCUAUAAGAUGAGACAAACAGAUCGGAAUGUAAUAACAGCAUUAACUCACAGACCUUGGAGCCUUAGCCAUACAGGAGAUGGGAAACCACGCUAUGAUACUUUCUGGAAACAUUUCAUAUUUGUGAUGAUGGACAUUUUGCUCGAUUGGAGCAUGCAUAAUAUCUUGUGGUACCUGUGUGGAAUUUCAGCUUUCCUCAUGCAAAAGGAUUUUGUAUCCCCGGCCUACUUGAAGAAGUGGUCAGCUAAAGGAAUCCAGGUUGUUGGUUGGACUGUUAAUACCUUUGAUGAAAAGAGUUACUACGAAUCCCAUCUUGGUUCCAGCUAUAUCACUGACAGCAUGGUGGAAGACUGCGAACCUCACUUCUAGACUUUUACCCUGGGAUGAAACGGGUUCAGAAACUGCCAGGGGCCUCAUACAAGGAUAUCAAAAUACCCUUUGUGCUAGCCCAGGCCCUGGGGAAUCAGGUGACUCACACAGAUGCAAUAGUUGGUCAUUGCAUUUUUACCUGAACCAAAGCAAAACCCAGUGUUGCCUCCAUGCACCAUAGAAUGCCAGAGUUCAACACUGUUGCUCUUGAAAAUCUAGGUCUGAAAAAAUGCACAAUAGCCCCUGCCCUGCCCUAGCUGAGGCACACAGGGAGACCCAGUGAGGAUAAGCACAGAUUGAAUUGUACAAUUUGCAGAUGCAGAUGUAAAUGCAUGGGACAUGCAUGAUAACUCAGAGUUGACAUUUUAAAACUUGCCACAGUUAUUUCAAAUAUUUGUAUUUAGCUAUGUUAACAUGUACUGUAGACAUCAAACUUGUGGCCAUACUAAUAAAAUCAUUAAAAGGAGCACUAAAGGAAAACUGUGCCAAGCAUCAUAUCCUGAGGCAUACGGAAUUUGGGGAAGCCACUGUGCAAUCCAGUGAGGCUUCGAUGUGCAAGAACCAAAAUGGUAGGGAGGUCUUGAAGCCAAUGAGGGAUUUACAGCAUCUUGAAUGGAGAGCUGCAAACCACCAGGGGGAAGAGUUGCACUUUUCCAGGCUUUUUAGGAAGCUCUGCAACAGUUGUGAUUAUAGAUAGGCAAUUAGAACUGGAAGAAACUUCCAAGAACAUCUAGGUUUGUCCUCAUUUUGCAAAUGAGGAAACUAAACUCUGUGGAAGGGAAGGGGUUGCCUCAAAAGUCACAGUUUAGCUGGGCACAGUGGCUCAUGCUGAUAAUCCCAGCAACUCAGAAAGCUGAGGCAAGAGGAUUACUUGAGGCCAGACUGUGCAAUGUAGCAAGACCCCAUCUCUAAAAAAAUUAGCCAGACAUGGUGGUGCAUGCCUCUAGUCCCAGCUACUCAGGAGGUUGAGGUGGGAGGAUCACUUGAGCCCAGAAGUUCCAGGCUGCAAUGAGCCCAAUGAGCCAUGAUUACACCACGGCACUACAACCUUGGUGACACAGUGAGAACCUGACUCUUAAAAAAAAAAAAAAAAAAAAAAAUAGAACUUCUAGAACUUCUUGUUUACAGUUAACCAGAAACUAUACAAGUGGUUUAACAUGCAUUAUCUUACUCAAUCCAUACAAAAGUCUUAGGGAGGUGUUAGCACUGUUUCUACUGAUGAAGAACUGAGGUACUUCAUAAAACCACUUACCCAAGGUGUCUUGAGUCUGUUACAGUUGGCAUUCAAAUCCAGGUCAGUCUGCCGCCAGAGCCACUACCCUUACUCCUCACUGAAUCUGCCUUUAUAUUGUUGAGCCCAUGAUCCCAAUUCUGCUCUUUCCAAUUUGAACUUCCAGGGAUUUUACUGUGAACUUGGUAGCAACAUUAAAAUGAAGUUGAAUUUUUUGUUAAUGGCAACGCCGUGUGUCUCCUCUAGCUUACCCCCUCUCACCUUUCAACCCCAUCUGUGGCCUUUGUCCAGGCCCACAGCUUAGCCAUGGCUUCCCUCCUGCAUCCCUGCCAUGGGUUGCCGGCCUCACACUUACAGCAGCCGAACAGUGAUUUUAGAAGGCCACCAGUCCCCACAGCUACAUGACGAUGAGAAGCAAACUUUUUUGUGACAGAUUGUAUUGGCAUAGGCAUGAUAGAUGGGGCUUGGUACGUUUUGAAUCAGCAUUUGCAAAAAAAAUUGUCUUGAAUUUUAAAAUGAACAACAAAGAUAGGUUCAUUGAGUG